GUAAACAGGUGAUGUCUGCUGUCUUCCUCGGGCUUUUAUUUUGAAAAACAACGUUUUCGCGGCCAUAUUAAAAACCCUUUUUAAUGAAGCAACGAGACAGAAACAAACUUGAUAUAUGACUUUUAAACUUUUGCAAUCAUGAACGAACAUCUCGCUGAUGGAUACAGUGAGCCAUGUGCUCAAUGUGCUGCUGUUGACUGGGGGGUGACAGAUGAGGGACAGUUCUUCUGCAGAAACUGUCACAAUAUUAUCGAGAGAACAAGAGAAGUGGUGGAUGAUUCCACUUUUCUCCGCGGUCACAGCAGGAUCUCACAGUUAGCAAGAACCAAGAAGACCGGAAAAGAGGGUGCACGACAGUGGAUGGUAUGUGAGGGUUUUCAGUUCAUUCUGAAAUCUCAAGCUGAUGCUUUGGUUAGUCUUGGUGUUUGUUCGCAGUUUAAGACAGAAGUAAUGUGGAAUUUCUGGAAGCGAUACUUGCAGAAUACCGGGCAAGCUUUCACCAAAAAUCCACUUUCCACUGUCAGGUUUUCAAUAGAUGUCACCUCAGAGAGCGAGCCAGAGUCUAUCGCCCAAAGUGAGCAGUCAGUCCGCAGUUUUGCUUCUUCAAGGACAGGAGACAUUUCAGCCUCCGGCAUCUCCAGUGAUGGAGAGUUAUCAGUAUGUUCAGGCUCUACGGAUGCUUCAAUGUAUGUUAGCGCGAAGGACAGGAAAAGCUGUAAUCUUAUGAACAUGCCACGGACGCUGGCCAUGUGCUAUUUGGCUCUGCUUUGGGUCCGAGAAGCCAUCACUCUGGCUGAUUUACUGAGGCUGGCCUCGGAGAGACGUGUUCCUUACAUAAACGUUCAUGAGGAUUUUCCUGAAGAGUUGAGACUGUUAGGAAGAGAUGCCAACAUCUUUCGAGUUGAGUCUCUUCCUUCCUACUCGAAGAUCCGUAGAGAAGCUGUCAAUCUGGCUCAGGUCAUGAAAUUGCCUGCCUUCCCAACUGUUUCUCAAGAUUGCCUUCUCCACCCAAUUCCACUCACUGUCCGCUAUCUGCUGGAGUCUAACCUUCCUGAUGGACUUGUUGUUUGGGUCCACAAGGUUAUAAAGCAGGCUGCUAUGGAUGAUGAGUCCUUCCUGACCUUUGACCCUGACAGAACGAGGCCUGUUCUCAUAUGUUAUGAUAUUCAGGCAGUAGCUAUCAUCAUUGUCACCUUGAAGCUCCUUUUUAAGUUGGAUGAUCGAGUGGAGUGGACUUUACCUGAGGAAGCAGCCAAUAAGAAGACAAAGAAGAAAGUGUUCAGUUUUGAAAGGUGGUUUAAAAUAAUGCAGCCUGCAUUUAAGCGAAUCAGAGAGAAGAGGGAACGAGAAGAAGCGCGAAAACAGUGGAAAUCCAGCAAACCUUUAAUUUCAGACUUGAAAAACAAGAGCGUGAUCCUCAAAAAGAGACGCGUGGUUGAACAUUUGCAGCACAGAUUUCAGAUGUUGAAUGACUCCACUUCAAAACAACAAUCUCCCACCGCAACCUCUUUCUCCAGCUUUCAAUUCCAUUGGGGAAAAGAUGAGGGUUCGGAUGGAUCCAGUAUGCAUCACCAUCGCUUAGACUGUACCUUUAAGAAACAAGGGGUCACCCGGCUUGCUAACCGGAAAUAUUGGCAUACAUACCUGGGCCGCUGCCCAUCACACAUUUCUAAGGAUCAUUUCUCAGAAAUUGAGAGCAGUUUGCCCAGGAUUUACGUGUGGCUCCUUGAUCUCUUCUCAUUUCUGCUGGGAGUCAGACAAGCACAAGUGUAUGAUGAGGUCCUGGUUGUGGAACGUCGCUUAUUAAAGAAUAAAACCCGUCCUAAACCCCCUCGCAAAAAAUCUAAAAAGUAGGUAACUGUGAGUAAUAUUCUGAAAUAUACAGUUGUACUCAAGUUUACAUAGACCUUGCAGAAUCUGGAAAAUGCUGAACAUUUUGGAUGAAUUAAAAACAAACAUCUUCUUCUUUUUCCAAAAAUUCCAGAUUCUACAAGGUGUAUAUAAACUUUUCAUUUCAACUGUAUAUUUGAGAGUCAUUUUAAUGACUCGAGUGAGUUUUGCCAGUGGCAUGAUCUGUGAGGAUAUGACCUUUGGAAGGUUUAUAAGGUUUACUGUGUUUUACUACUGUGAGUAAUGAGCAUCCCAGUGAAUUGUAGUGUCUGGAUUUCAGGACUAGUUUGGUUUUUAAAUUGUUGUACUUUGACUUUAUUGGUGGUGUGAAACAUCCACCAUACAAAAAUAACAUAGAAGCAAAAUGACUUCUCAUGAUGCCUUGUUGAUGCUUUGUAUCUUUGUCAUAAUGUGUAUUGAAAAUAUAAUUAGGAUCAGUCUCUUUUUUGCUCCAAAUGUAUCUAUUAUAUGGUGUUUAUGUGAGUAUUAGUUGUAGAAGCAAAGAUGAACCAAUAGGGGGAGUAAUACACCUCACAAUGAAGAAGCCAUAGAUUCUCUUAUACUUUACUUUGAGAAAGUAUUAGGUAGUUGUGGAAAAUUUUAAAGCGGUUUCACUUAUAAAUUGUAGCCCUUUCUAUGGGUAGUUUGGGUCACUUUUCAAGUCUUAAUAAAAAGGGGUGAAUGGUAUCCCUAUUCUCUUGAGUAGCAACAAUGUGUAGUUACACCAAUGCAUCAACUACACUGAGACUGUGAAUGUGUCAUCUAUGCUUUAUUCUUGAAAUUAAAACAAAACUUUUGCAA